CCACAGAUUAAACUCUGUGACUAUUGUCAAAUUCAUGAAAAAAAGUUGAAAUUAGCACCUAAGAUUAUUUUAGAUUCUUUGAUUACAAUGUUUCUUCGGAGAAGUAAAGGACUUGAGGAAUUAUUGAUCAAUGACCUACAUAUACUUCCAACACCAACAACACUCUUAAAUAAUAUGUCAGGAAUAACACAAUUAAAAACAUUACGGGUUAAGUUUCAUUGCUGUAAAGAUUAUGAAGAUAUCAUUGACAUGAAGAGAUUAAAGAAUAAAUUAGCUCUUAAAGUGGUUCCUAGUGAUUCAAGCGAUGCACUCGUAAAUAUUAUGAAGUCCCAUAAAAAAUUGGAAAACUUAGAGCUUGAUGCUAAUAGGAUUGGUAGAAGUAUUAUCUUGUAUAAUGUUCCAAAUGGAAAAAAAAACUAUGUUAAAAGAAUGAGUUCCCAGUGUGGACGCAUCACUAAAUUGAAGUUUAUAAAAAUGGAAGGGAUGACAAAUGUAGCCUACGUUACAUAUGAGCAAGAUUAUGAAGCAAAAUUCGCUUUAAGUCAAGCAAAUGCUUAUUUUGGUGAUUUACAAAUUACCGUUAAACCCCCCGAUGAUAUAAAUUAUACAAAAUUUUUCCCAGCGUUAAAAUAUCUUGAGAAUUCCUUAAAAGAGCUUACAUUAUAUUAUAUAGAUUUUUCCAAAAUUUCACCAGAGGAUAUAGAAAAUAUUUCUAAAUGCCAAAACUUA